ACAGCACAUCUUAGAGGACGCUGAGCAAAGCAUGGGACACUUUUCUUUAUUACUAGUGUUGAUGUGUGUGUUAUGUUUACCGUUAACAGAAGUGUUCACAAGUUUCCAGAAGUGUAGCAGUGAGGAAUUUUCGUGUAAUAACGGCAGGUGUUUGCCUUUGAACCUGCGCUGCGACGGUGUGGACCACUGCGGGGACAGUAGCGACGAGAGCGCCUGCUUUGACUGCAAUACCGGCUCGCUCCACUGCGUGGCAGCAGCGCCCUGCAUUCAUUCCCACAGCAGCUGUGAUGGCAAGCCUGACUGCCCAGAUGGUGAAGACGAGCACGAUUGCACAGAUCUCAAUACAAAAGUGUGCUCUAAGUCAGAGUUCACAUGCGCUAAUGGACAAUGUGUGCCUAGUUCGUGGAGGUGCGACCACUCCAAUGACUGUCUAGAUGGCAGUGAUGAACUGGGUUGUGAUCUGAACGAGUGUGAGCAUGAUAAUGGGGGCUGUUCUCACCUGUGUGUAGAUCUGCCAUUAGGCUUCAUUUGUGACUGUCCCAGUGGAAUGAGGUUGGUCCAGGACACACACUGUGAGGAUGUGGACCACUGUCUUGAUUCAGAUGUGUGUGAUCAGAUUUGCAUCCAUUCAAAUGAAUCUCUUGCAUGUGAGUGUCAGGAUGGGUAUGAUCUGACCUCAGGGACGGGGCAGUGCAAGGCUACAGGCGGUGAAGCUCAUAUGGUGGUCUGUACCCAUGAGGGCAUUAAGUGGAUGGAUCUCUAUGGCUCAGAGGAAAGAAACAUCACGUCUUGGGUCACAAUGGGGUCACCGGGGCCUAUUGCAGCUCGUAAUGCAAAAAACAAACUAUAUUGGACCAGUCCAGAUGAUGACCACAUUUACAGGAUCUCUGUUGACUGCAGUGACCACACCGCUUCUGAGUUGAUAAAGGCCUCCACUGGCAUUCUGGGAUUAGCAGUAGAUGAGCUCCAUGAGCAUCUGUACUGGGUCAGCACCAGUACACACGGUUUACACGUGGUCUCACUGAAUGGCUCUGACCAAAAGCAGAUCAUCUCUGGACUCUCCAGACCUACUGCAGUUGCUGUUCAACCUCUGAUAGGACAUCUGUUCUGGGCAGAUAGUGGGACAUCCCCCAGAAUUGAGCGUGCCAGACUGGAUGGACACCGCAGAAUAGCACUGAUAACCUCUUCUAUACGUCACCCAGUGGCAAUUUCACUAGAUAUUCCCAGAGGUCUGUUAUAUUGGGCUGACUCGGGCCUUCACACAAUAUCAAGGGUUGCAUUUGAUGGAAAGCACAGAAAGACAGUUGUAGAGUCCAAUGGAUAUCUCGACCGACCGUUCGGACUGGCAGUGUUUGAGAGUCGUGUGUAUUGGAGUGACCAGUUAACCAACUCCACAUGUAGUGCAAACAAGCACAACGGAAAGGAACUUCAGGUGUCCCAGAAGCUUGGUUCUGUUUUACCUGCUGGGCUGGCCAUCUUACAACCAUCCUUGUGGCCUGCAGACAACGAUCUGCCUCCGUCGGAAUCUAAAACCACGCUGACUGAUUCAGCCUUUGCAUGGAUUCUAUUUUUGACCGUCUUUCUCAGCCUACUGUUGGUGGGAGCUGUACUAUGCUGGCGAAGGUCAGAGUUUGGCAUUGCUCGCUCUCUCUCUCUUAUCGGACACAUGUCAUUCAAGGAGUCCCAGGACCCUCUUCUGGUGACUGGACCACCUAUGGUACAUGAACACAAAGAUAGCACUCAGCCUGGUCCAGAACUGAAAACAAUGGUGUCUUCCUGUAACAGGAACUGCUGAUUCCCGUGGUGGUUUUCGUAGCCUCCAUUUCCUGCUUUUCUCAUGUAAAAUAGUGACAUGGGCAGAUGAAUUUCACACUUCAUUUUUUGGACUUUCUAUCUUGAAGACUCAGAAAUAAAACCGUGUGACUAUUUAAUGAUCAUUUAAAUUAGCAGAUGGAGAUUCCUCGCCGAAACAAAUUAUAUGGUUGAAUUUGAGCACAAUUCGUCUGGCAGUGUUAACUUAUCGUGACAGUAUCAGACCGUUUUGCAAGAAACCAAAUAUGUAUCAAAACAGCAGUCGUGCUUUUCAAGUAACUUACCAAAGUUGCUGUUUUAAUAAAUGCUGAGUUUCUUGCAAAGGAUUUUUGUUCUUUGGUACUUUGAAUAAUGUGUCCAGCUAAAGCAUUCAGCCUUGCUUUUUGUUUUUAUAGAUUACAUUUGAUUUAGAACAGAAGAAUAUAUGACAAUACUUCAAACUGGCCAUGCAGUGGCAUAGCAGAGCUAAGAUUUCACAUGAUGCCUGACAUUUAUUAUUAGUUCUUAAGAUUUUCAGUUGUGUUCUCUUUGCUGUCAUUUUUAAGUGAUUAAUGGCCCUUGGUCUUUGAGUUCAGUGGUGCAUAAAUCUCUGUCUUGUAAUGGAAACAUAGAGAAAAUUUGUUUUUAUUUAAAAUGUACUAAUGCUGGAUGUGCCUUUGACUACUGGAUGGACAGUUCUGUUAUAUUUAUUGUGUUUUAUGUUUUAUUUAUGUAUUUGUCAGGGACCAUGCACAAAAAAACAGUGUAAAAAGAGAAGAGAUUAUUUUGCACUAGACUUAGCUACUUGGUAAUGCAGUCCCUGGGCAGGUAAAUAGGAUAGAAAACGUAAAAUCGACACAUAUGAAGCAUAAAAACAAAGGUGUCUGGUGAAAAACAAAUGCGAUUUAUUUUUUUGUGGUUUCUAUCAAAUCUUUCUGUUUUAUUUUUUGCUCUAGUGACUGUUAUAGUAUAAACGUUUCACCUCUUCCUCAUGAAUUUUACAAAUGAAAGUUUAUUUUGGAGUUUGAAUGCUUUCUCAAAACAAUGGUAUCAAAAGGCUUGGAGAAAUAAAAUAUGGGUUAGAAAUUUA